AUGAAUCUUUCGGAGAUAUUUCCCAACCCAGAUUCCUUCAACAUGCAUGAGGUAGAACAGGAGCCCUGUUUGGGUGGCUGGGAGUACAGUAAGGAUCAGUACAUCUCCACCACCAUUGGUGAGUUUGGGAGAAAGGUUGUUCUUUUUGGAACUGCGACUAUACAGACUGUAUUCAGUGUGCUUCAAGUGUUCUCUCCCAACUGGGAAAUAUUCUGUCUUCUUAAUUUCCUUGCGGGCCUUGGACAGAUGGCAAAUUAUCAGGCUGCCUUUGUACUUGGAUCAGAACGUCUUGGGAAAUCCAUUCAUGUUCUUUUUGGUGCACUAGGGUUCUACAUUUCUUUUGCAAUCGGCUACAUGGCCCUGCCUUUGGUUGCGUACUUUAUACAAAGCUGGCCGGUGUUGCUUUUCAUCCUGUCCCUCUCCAGCCUGCUGUACAUUCCUUUAUGGUGGUUUAUUCCUGAAUCUUCAUGCUGGCUGCUGAUAAAGGGAAGGGUACAGGAGACUGCAGCAAUACUCCGACACGUUGUAAAGAAAAAUGGUGUCACUCCACCAGCGGUGUCCUUCAAUGAUCUUGAGGUUGUGGUUUGGAAAGAAUUAAAAAGCACCAGUUUUGAGCUUCCAAGCAUGCUGAAUUUGAAAACUGAAGGCAAGAGACUGCUUACCAACUGGGAGCAGAAGACAACAGAACUGACCGAGAGAGAAGACCAUGAGGCACCUUGUGCCCUAGGUUGA